GUAUGUAGGUGGUGCAUGUUGCUGGUAUACGAUGCGCAUGCGCCGGCUGAACCACUAUGCCCAUGGGUCAUCAGCACGACGCAGAGGGCCACAUUUGCGUUCGACAUGUUGUCUGCGGUGGAGGCAACGGUGGUCUAUCCUCUGCUACUCUUUUCAACAUGGCUGACGACCGUCCAAGGUACACCCCAAGGCAUAAAUGCAGUCCGACUUGACCACAUACACCUCGACUCCGUGACCCUGGACAACACAGCGCGGAGGGUCCUCAGGGAGGAAAACAACCUCCUGACGGAAGCCUGCACCAAGGCAGUCUACGCCGCCUGGAACUACCAGACGAACAUCACAGAUGACACCAGAGAACAGGCGAUUUCUGCUCAGAUGGAUUACAUAACUACGAAGCAACGCUCGUGGGAAACGGUGCGAAGAUGGAUAGGCGUGAAGAAAUAUCUCCUGUCGUCUGACCUCAACAGACAAUUGGAUGUGAUGUCAAUUUUGGGCACCACCGCCCUUCCUGCCAACGACCUGGUCGAGUACAGAGAGGUGAUCUCGACGAUGUCAUCCAUACACAAAAGAGCGACCGUCUGCAACUACAGAAACGCAAGGAAAUGCGAUCUUUCCAUGGAUAACAACGCUCUGAAGGAAGUCAUGAAGAAGAGCAGAGAUCCUGAAGAACUCUCCUUCACUUGGAAGUCGUGGAGGAACAACACCGGUAAGGACAUCAGAAGCCAUUUCAAGAGAUUCGUCAACCUCUCAAACAAGGCAGCUCGGUACAACGGGUUCCUGAACAUGGCGGACAUGAACAUCAUGCCAUACGAGGACAUAACUUUCAGGGACGAUCUGACCAAAGUCUGGAAGCAGAUCAAGCCUUUGUACGAACAGCUGCACGCCUACACCAGGAGGAAAUUGAGACAGAUCUACGGACCAGAAAUGCUCAGGGAGAGAGGGCCAAUCCCAGCCCAUCUGCUGGGGAACAUGUGGGCGAAGAAGUGGGAGAUUCCAGAGCUCCUGAUGCCUUAUCCAUGGAAGUCCCCUGUUGACGUCACUGCAGAGAUGGAAAAGCAGGGUUACACACCAAGAAGGAUGUUCUUCACCUCCAUGAACUUAUCCGCAAUGCCCCACUCCUUCUGGAGGAGCUCUGUCUUCGAGAAGCCCAAAGACCGAAAGGUUGUCUGCCAAGCUUCCUCCUGGGACUUCUGCAACGGCUACGAUUUCCGGAUCAAGCAGUGCUCCAAGGUAUCAAUGGAGGGCCUGAUCGACGCCCACCACGAAAUGAGUCAUAUUCAGUAUUUCUGGCACUACAAAGGUCAAUCUUACGUCUUUCGAGGAGGAGCCAAUCCAGGAUUCCACGAAGCCCUUGGAGGGGCAAUCGCUCUGAGUGUCUCCACGUCGAAGCACCUGAACAGAAUUGGACUCCUGAAAUAUAAUUUCAACAAUCACCCCGUCGACAUAAACAGCCAGAUGGAAAGGGCGUUGGAUGAACUCGCUUUCUUGCCCUUUGCCUACGCGGUGGAUACGUGGCGCUGGAAGGUCCUGGACGGUACCCUUUCGGAGAAAGACUGGAACUGCGGUUGGUGGGAUCUCAGGUACGAGUUACAAGGUUUGAAGCCUCCUGCGGUACGUACCGAGGACGACUUUGAUCCAGGAGCCAAGUUCAACAUUGCAAUUAAUACACCCUAUUUUAAGCAGUUUGUUGGCACCGUCAUGCAGUACCAGAUGCACAGAAAGUUGUGUCAGUUGGCAGGGGAGUACGACCCUCUGGUCCCGUCCAAACCUCUCCACAAGUGCGACAUUUACCAGUCCUCAGAGGCUGGUGGUCUUUUGUGGAGGAUGAUGGUACAGGGCUCCUCCAGACCCUGGAAAGACAUCCUUUAUGAAAUGACUGGAGAGCGGGGACUGGAUGCCAGCGCCCUGAGGGAUUACUACCGACCGCUGGAAGAAUGGCUGAUCGCUAACAACGAGAAGCAUGGCGAGUACAUUGGAUGGAAACCAGACGGAGAGUAUUGCCUGUACCAGGAGCCUCCACCGACGCGCAAUUCGUGCAGAAAAUAAAAUGUUCUACCAAUGAAUAAAGAGAAACAGUUCUGAAUGGAAGAUAGAAAACUAUGUCGCUUUAAUUUGGGUGCAUGUAUAUUCUAUGACCUAGAUGUAAGCACUUUAUUGCUUGGAUAUAAGUGAGCUGUUCAUUGGGUUCAAGUGUUCAGUCACUUGACUGAGAAAUUUACAACCUAAGAAGGUGCUCUAAUACUUGGCUCUUAAGUAUUCUAUAACUUAGGUUUAUGUAUUGUAAUAUUCAAACUCAAGUACUCUACACCACGUCUCUUCCAUGUACGAUCAGAAUAAGAAAUGGCAAGUUGGUCGUCUCUCUUCAAGUGACAGUUUUAAGGGAGGAAAGGAUUGUGGAAUACGUUACCAAUUGAUAUUUGUUAACAAUUUGUACGAAAGCAUAUAUUUACCCAGCAUGCGUAUAUGUCAAUGUGCGGGUGUACUCUUAUAUCACACGCACACACACACACACAUAUAUAUAUA